UAAGAACUUUUUUGCUUUGAGCUGUUAAAUGGAGUGUAUUGCCAUGUGCUUUUAAUACCAAGAUGAGGCCUUUUCAUCAAUGUUACGGAUCAACAUCUUGAUUGUUCAGGUGUGUGCUUGUGAGCAAGGUUUUGAGCUGGAGAGUGGCGGCCACGCCUGCAGGGAUGUGGAUGAGUGCCAGAGGCCAGGCGGCCAGCCUUGCAGUCAGACCUGUGUCAACACCGACGGCUCCUACGGCUGCACCUGUCACCCUGGCUACUCGCUGGAGCCUGAUGGCCACACGUGCAAAGCAACAGGUACCGAACCAAUCUUGCUUGUGGCAAUUCAGUUCCGCCUACUCCUCUAUGGCUUGAGGAGCUUGAAGGAAGAUAUCCUGGCAACCAUGGACAAGAACGUGAUGAUUUCAUCGAUUGACUAUGACUUAGUGGAGCAGAAAGUCUUCUGGACAGACCUCCGUGAAGAAAGUAUUAAAUGGAUAAGUAUGGACACCAAGAAGAAAGGGACCGUGGUGAAAGGUAUAAGGUCAGACUGUAUAGUGGUCGACUGGAUCGGGAGGAAUCUGUACUGGGUGGAUGGGACAGCUGGCCAGAUUUUGGCAAUCCAGCUGACUGCUGUUUGGAGAGGAAAAUCUGAGCACACGGUUGUCCUGGAUGAUGACGUGACACAACCACGGGCUUUGGCUUUAGAUCCCCUAAAUGGGUUAAUGUACUGGUCCGAAGUUGGAGGAGAACCUCAAAUAGAACAAGCCGGGAUGGAUGGAAGCAGCAGAAAAGUACUUGUCGAUCAAGGUCUUGGCUUGCCAACCAGCAUAGCGCUCGACCAGUUGAGUUGGAAGAUCUUCUGGUCCGAUGAGAAAUUUCACUGCAUUGGCUCUGCGAAUCUAGAUGGUACCGGUAUUACUAUGCUGCAGCUAACACAAAUCAAGAGCCCCUUUGCGGUCGCUGUGUUUGAAGAUGCAAUCUUCUGGUCUGAUACGAAGACGAGAACGGUGCAGCGCGUGAAGAAGACGACAGGCAAGAACAGGGCUGUCCUCAUCAAGCGUUCUGAACAGCCUUGUGGACUCAAGAUCAUGCACGAAGUGCUCCAGCCCAAGUCUUCCAAUCCUUGUCUGGAUGCUGGAUGUUCUCACUUGUGCCUUCUGAGCCCACGAUCCAAGGGAAGCUGUCAUUGCCCAGCUAGACUCCUGCUCGCAGAUGAUGGCAUCACGUGUGUUCCCCUUGAGGAGUCUGCAUUUCUGUUCCUUGUGCUGCCCACAGUUAUCAUGCAGAUUUAUCUGAAAAAUCUAGAAGCUUUACUAGGACAGUCAGCUUUACCAGAACAUAGGAUGCUUCCCCUUGCCACCGUGAACCGGCUUGCAUCCCUGGACUACCUAGUCCAAGAAAAGGCUCUCUACCUUUCAGAGUUGGAUAAUGGUGAUGUCAGGCUACUGAGGCUCAAAGAAUCUGGGAAACUCUCUUGGAGGAAAAUCCUAUCUGUGGAGGGGACUGUGAUAGACUUUGCUGUGGACUGGUUGAGCGGAAACAUAUAUUGGAUUGACAGUGAGAAUCCCCACAUCAACGUAGCUUCCUCCGAAGGUCAGUGUCCCACCAUCCUGUUCCGUGAAAACCUCUAUCGUCCAGCCUCUGUUGUGCUCCACCCACCCUCUGCAGUCAUGUGCUUUGCGGACCUGGGUUCCCAGCGGGAUGGUGAGCGUGGGUCCAGCAUUGAAUGUGCCUCCAUGGAUGGCAGCGGGAGGAAGGUGCUGUGGCAGAAAUCCCAGGUCCCUGCAGGCCUGACCUUUUCGGAUUCCGGGACCCGAGUGUACUGGGCUGAUACCGGGCGAGGCCUCAUAGAAAGUAUUCAACAAGAUGGCUCUCAAUACAGAAUAGACCGCAGAGGAAUUGAGGGCCUCAACCUCUUUGCGUAUGGUCAAGGCAUGAUGUUCUGGAUGACAGUUGAUGAUGUUGUCAGACCCUACCCCCGAGAUGCUAAUUUAUCAGCCCAAAUCACUAAAGUUUGGUACAGCAAGGCAGAACUUUCUGAAAGCCGGUGGUUCCAAAUAGACCAGAAGAUUGUGGAUUUAAAAGUUUACAGUAAACAUGGUCAACAGGGUAAUAACAGCUGCUCAAAAGACAAUGGAGGGUGCAGCCAUAUCUGUUUGCCAAACCCCGAAGGACGGACUUGUAAAUGUCCCAGUGGGUACUACUUGGCUAACACAAGCAGAUGUAGUGAAGCCGUCCUGUGCUCUGAGCCAUCACAAUCCUGUAAGGAUGGUCAGAAGUGCGUUUCCAUGGAGCAAGUUUGUGAUGGCCAUGCCGACUGUCUGGAUGGAUCUGAUGAAAUGGGCUGUACCUCUCCAGAUCAAAACCAUUCAACACCAACAUCGAAAAAUGCAGGGGCUGGAAAACGGUGGACUCCAAAGGCUGCCCCACCUCUCCAAGCUACUGGGUCUACCAAGGCUAGGUCUCCGGGGCCAGAAGGGAUGAAUUACCCUCUCAGAAAAACAGUGCUCCCUCCAGUCGUUGCUAGUGAAAGCAAGACCUCAGAGACCAAGCGAAAAGGCGAGCCUGUUCAGCCCAAGGACUCCCAGAGGGCAAAACAUCUGCCCUGUGGCACUGACUUCUGUAACGGGCGGGGAAUCUGCACGGUGGUAGGAGAGCUGAGAAAGUGCAGCUGUCUGAUGGAAUACGGUGGAGAGUUCUGUGAAGAGCCGGCACGUGGACCCACCCCUGGCCACAUCGCCCUCAGUGUAACCAUUGCCUUUUCAGUUGUCCUGGUAGCUCUAGGAGCAUUUGUCUAUUUCAGAAGAGAACACAAAUUAAAAAGAAAUAAUGCAGCAGCAUCAAGAAAUCUGAGCCGCCGUAAGGAAAAUGGCCAAGAAGAGGAGAAUCUAAUGAAUAGUGAGACUUUUGUCAAUGAAGCCUAUGAUGAGCAGGAACUGUUAACGUUACAAACUGACUAACCUGAUAAAAAAGGAGCUGAAACAUCUCAAUAAAAAUGGUUUAUACAUCGUACUGUGUGCUGUUUUAACGUCUGCAACUUACUGUAACUGUGUGCUAAAAUGGUAACUUAUUAAAAUAACUGCUUUUUAAAAUUGGAA